GCGAGCUCAUCGUCAAAGAUGCAGUGCUUCAUCUGUGUGACGUACAUGAUCAUACUGUGCAGCGCACACCCAGCCAAAGACAAGCAAAUAGCGGCACCUCACCAGAAAAAGUCCCUAUUCCGUGACGUAAUCGAAUCGUUAAGAAUUCGCGCCCAACUACCAGAAGAUUUCAACCAAAAUGAAGACAACAAUCUGUCCCAAAACUACGAUAAGUACGGAUACGACAACGAACCACCACACUUGCCGAGCGACGCGGACUUUAUCCCACGAAGAAACGACAGAAUCGAAAUGCCGACUCUACCUCUAAAAUACCGUUUUCCCAAAAGCUUGAACGACACAGAAGAAAAAGUGGUAAAUGUAACAACCGAGGAAAUCGUUCUUUUCGUAGAUACAGACAAAAUUACAAAGACAACUCAAAAGCCAAAGAAACAAAAGCGUCCACCGACGUCCAACAAAAAUAAAGUCGUGAACAAAAAUAAAGAGAAUGAAGACCAAGAAGAAGAAACUCAGACACCGUUACAAGAUAAUAUGACGCCUGUGUCGAAUACUUUAAGUGGCAAUAGCCAGAUCGGCAACAGAGAAUCUCAAACUGUGGUCAAACCAACAGUCAUUGUUAAUUUUAGGGGUUCUUUGACUCAUCAAGAUAGUGAUAUCCGUCUCGAGAAAAGGAAUGAUAACGAUACGGAUCGUACCGCUCAGAACAUCUUUAAUAUUAACCAAGAAGUAAAUUUUGAGCCUGUUAAGAAGGACGGUAAGAAAGGCUCGAAACCUAAAGUGGGUGACGUGAAGCAAACAUUCAAUAUAGUAACUGAUGUCAAAGCCAAAGUAGAAGAGGACAUGUUAAUGUGUGAGACAGCCACUUGGAACCCAAAGAGAAAUGUUCGCGAAGGUCGCAAAAGAGAUAACGUGUUGCAAAUUUUAUUUUCUUUAUAA